CGCUCGCUCGGGAUGCUGGGCGGCGGGCGGGGCGGCGCUGACGUCACUCACGCCCCCCCCCCCCCAGCUGAGGGGCGGUGGCCGCGCAGGCUACUCUGGCCCGCGGCACAGACGGACUGGCCGACGGCGGGACGGAAAGACGGGCACGGGCCGGCGCACGUCAAGGCUAUGCCGGGAGAGGCCUCGCGCGCAGAGCUGCCGCUGUCCGAAGCGGGCGGGCCUGGGUCCCGCACAGGUCUCUCCUGUGAUGCAGCUGCUGUCAGCGUCCUGAAAGGGGACCAGCGGGAGCCCCACGCCCUGACCCCAGGACCCAGUCCCUUGGCUCCCACGUUACUACCCAGCAAGCCAGGCGCCCGGCCUCAACCUGAGGGGGCCAGCUGGGAUGUGGGACCUGGUGGGGUCCCCUCAGCCUGGGUGGAUCCGGCAGAGGUCCCAAACCCAGCACUCCUCCCAGAGGGACUGUCCCUCCAGCCUUUGCCUGCCAAGGCCCCUCUUCCUGACACCUUGGAGCCCAGGAUUGUGAUGGGCGAGGAGACAUGCCAGGCCCACACCUCACCCAGGGGAGCCUGGCCAGUGCUCAGGGACUGGGAGGGUGGGCAUCCUGUCCUGCACCCACCUCCCGAGCUGUGUUCUCAGGGUGACUGUCCUGUGCCUUCCCCUCCCUCAGACCCUGAUUCCUACUUCACACCCCCCUCCACUCCUACCUGUGCUCUGUUCCCUGCUCAUGGACCCCAUAGGGAUGCCUGGGACCCUGAGGCUGAGCUGCUGGACUCGGCACCUGCCUCACCCUCAGGCUCAUACAUUACAGCCGAUGGGGACAGCUGGGCCUCAUCACCAUCCUGCUCCCUCAGUCUGAUGGCUCCAGGAGAAGGGCUGGACUUCCCCUCAGGCUGGGGCCUCUCCCCAUCGGAGUCUGUGGGAGAUGAGCAAGAGUCACAGCCUGAAGCACCCUCAGAGCCCCUGUCCUCUGAGUCCAGCCUCUCAGCAGACAGCAGCUCUUCCUGGAGCCAAGAGGGCCACUUCUUUGACCUGAACAUCCUGACCAAUGAUGCAAUGAUCCCUGCUGCCCUCCUGCCUUUCCGGGGUAGCCUCAUCUUCCAGGUGGAGGCGGUAGAGGUGACACCAUUGCCCCAAGAGGAAGAGGAGGAAGAGGAGGAGGAAGCAGAGGCCGAUGCUCCAGUGCCAGGUGGAGACCUGGCCGGAGACGAUGAGGAUGACAGCACAUCUGCCUCCUUCCUGCAGUCACUGUCUGACCUGUCCAUAAUCGAGGGUAUGGACGAGGCCUUUGCAUUCCGGGAUGACACCUCAGCGGCCUCCUCGGACUCGGACUCAGCCUCCUAUGCAGGGGCAGAUGAUGACAGGCUGUACAGUGGGGAGCCCCAUGCACUGCUGCAUGACAGAGCCCAGAAGACAGAGGAGCACAGGGCAGGGGACGCAUUCUGGGGGACUGUACCCAUGCUUCAGACCUCCCAGCAAGAGACCCAUCUCCCCCAGAGCCAGGAACCAACUGCAGAAAUAACAGAUGGUCUUGCUUUAGACGGGGAGACUGAGGCUCCUGCGCCCCUUCCCAAUCUGCAGACAGUCCCGGGUCAUCACACCUCAGAACAAGAAACCCAGGGCCAGGAACCAACUGCAGAAAUUACAGAUGGUCUUGCUUUAGAUGGGGAGACCAAGGCUCCUGCGCCCCUUCUCAAUCUGCAGACAGUCCCGGGUCGUCACACCUCAGAACAAGAAACCCAGGGCCAGGAACCAACUGCAGAAAUAACAGAUGGCCUUGCUUUAGACGGGGAGACUGAGGCUACUGCGCCCCUUCCCAAUCUGCAGAUAGUCCCGGGUCUUCAGGCCUCAGAGCAAGAAACCCAGGGCCAGGAACCAACUGCAGAAAUUACAGAUGGUCUUGCUUUAGAUGGGGAGACUGAGGCUCCUGCGCCCCUUCCCAAUCUGCAGACAGUCCCGGGUCUUCAGGCCUCAGAACAAGAAACCCAGGGCCAGAAACCAACUGCAGAAAUAACAGAUAGUCUUGCUUUAGACGGGGAGACCGAGGCUACUGCGCCCCUUCCCAAUCUGCAGACAGUCCCGGGUCUUCAGACCUCAGAACAAGAAACCCAGGGCCAGGAACCAACUGCAGAAAUUACAGAUGGUCUUGCUUUAGACGGGGAGACCAAGGCUCCUGCGCCCCUUCCCAAUCUGCAGACAGUCCCGGGUCGUCACACCUCAGAACAAGAAACCCAGGACCAGGAACCAACCGCAGAAAUUACAGAUGGUCUUGCUUUAGACGGGGAGACUGAGGCUACUGUGCCCCUUCCCAAUCUGCAGACAGUCCCAGGUCUUCAGACCUCAGAGCACGAAACCCAGGGCCAGGAACCAACUGCAGAAAUAACAGAUGGCCUUGCUUUAGACGGGGAGACUGAGGCUCCUGUGCCCCUUCCCAAUCUGCAGACAGUCCCGGGUCGUCACACCUCAGAACAAGAAACCCAGGACCAGGAACCAACCGCAGAAAUUACAGAUGGUCUUGCUUUAGAUGGGGAGACUGAGGCUUCUGUGCCCCUUCCCAAUCUGCAGACAGUCCCAGGUCUUCAGACCUCAGAGCAAGAAACCCAGGGCCAGGAACCAACCGCAGAAAUAACAGAUGGCCUUGCUUUAGACGGGGAGACUGAGGCUCCUGUGCCCCUUCCCAAUCUGCAGACAGUCCCGGGUCGUCACACCUCAGAACAAGAAACCCAGGGCCAGGAACCAACUGCAGAAAUUACAGAUGGUCUUGCUUUAGACGGGGAGACUGAGGCUACUGCGCCCCUUCCCAAUCUGCAGACAGUCCCGGGUCUUCAGGCCUCAGAGCGAGAAACCCAGGACCAGGAACCAACUGCAGAAAUAACAGAUGGCCUUGCUUUAGACGGGGAGACCAAGGCUACUGUGCCCCUUCCCAAUCUGCAGAUAGUGCCGGGUCUUCAGGCCUCAGAGCAAGAAACCCAGAGCCAGGAACCAACUGCAGAAAUAACAGAUGGUCUUGCUUUAGAUGGGGAGACUGAGGCUCCUGCGCCCCUUCCCAAUCUGCAGACAGUCCCGGGUCAUCACACCUCAGAACAAGAAACCCAGGGCCAGGAACCAACUGCAGAAAUUACAGAUGGUCUUGCUUUAGACGGGGAGACUGAGGCUACUGCGCCCCUUCCCAAUCUGCAGACAGUCCCGGGUCUUCAGGCCUCAGAACAAGAAACCCAGGGCCAGGAACCAACUGCAGAAAUUACAGAUGGUCUUGCUUUAGACGGGGAGACAGAGGCUCCUGCGCCCCUUCCCAAUCUGCAGACAGUCCCAGGUCUUCAGGUGGAGGAUACUACCACAGUGAUCCCUUGGGUGGGGGGCAAACAAGUUGACUCCACUGCUGAGCAAGCACCUGCCUCUGGAUCAUCACCUCACCCCUCCUGGGGGAUGAGCUCUGCCUUAGGUGCCGAACCUGUCACUGCAGAGUCAUCUCCAGCUCUGCAGGAAGAAACAAGCUCCACCUUGUGUGGAGUCCUCCCUGAGAACUUGAAGGAAGAAGGCCAGGGCCCUUUGUCAGCCCUGAAGCCUGUGGCUGGAGCCACACUGGGGCCCCAACAGGCUGAGGGGAGUGUCACUGUGCCCCAGGACUCCCCCAUGGCCACACCUCCACCCAUGCAAGGCACAGAUCUCACCUCAGGCUCAAAGCUGGUGUCUGUGGUCACACUGGCACCCCAACAGGUUGAGGGUAGUGACAUAGUACCCCAGGACUCCCCCAUGGCCACACCCCCACCCCUUCAAGGCAUAGAUCCCACCUCAGGCCCAGAAUCUGUGGCCCAGCCAGAAUCAGGUACAGCCACAGGACACAGGCCAGUGCCUGAGGAGCAAGAGGAAGCCCACGCUGGGGACUCUGAGCCACCAGCCUCCAGCCAGGUCCAACAGGAUGGCCCAGAGCCAGUUGUACAGUCUAGGAAACUUUGGGCUCCAGGAAAAGAGGCAGGUCCCACCUUGGGAACAAGGGCACCUGAGCCUGCGUCUGGCGCAAGGGGGAAGGUAGCUCAGGGCCUUGUUGCACCUGAGCAUAAAGCACAUCCUGAGGCUCAGAAGGAGAAUCUGAGGGCCAAGAAUCACAGGGGUGGAGGCCCCAAGCCACCAGGGCAGGGACGUGGACCCAAGUCAGCAGCCCAAGGUGCAGGGCAGGCCCCAAAGGCACGUGCUAUUGCCUGCCCUCAGGUAAGCCAGGUACAACUCCUGAGCUCAGCUGGAGAGGGAAAAGGCCUGAACAGCAAGGACACCCCAGGACCCAGGCUUCCUAUGGCUGUGACCACAGAGGUCAGGCUAAGUUCCUGUCCAGGGUCCCCAGCAAGAGCCACACACAGGCAGGACAGGGCCUGCCCUGAAGAGCCUGUUCGGUCUACACCACCUUCCCGGCAGCAGGAGCCCACACUGGGCCUGAGCAGUGAAGAACAGCCCCGGGUGACCCCCUGUCUCCUCAGCCCUUCACCUCAGCUCCCAAGAACCCCUGCCAGGGGCCUGUCUAACACAGCCCGGAACAGACUCCUGGACUCUAACCCUUCUGUCCCCUGUGUCCUCACCAGGGCAGCCUCACCAUCCCCAGGGCGCCCUGUCCCUUGCUUGUGCCCAGAGCCCCGGAAAGCUUCUGUGGAGGGUGAGGAGUCCCCAGCCUCUCGUGGCCUCCUGCUACCUGGAGUAGGAGCCCAGCAGGCUGCUGCCACCACCACCUCAGGAUCCACACCGUCUUUGGGGGCCCAGCAGCAGGUCAGCCUCUCACUUCACUCUGCCCUCCUCAGCCCCAAGGUGGUCCCCACAGAUGCCAAAGACCUAGCUUGUGGGAUCUCAAGCCCCUGUCAAGUGCCUCCUCCCUCUGGGACCCUGAACCCAUCUGGCCCUCAAGGGCUCCUAGCCCUGGAACAGCAAGAGGAUGAGGACAGCCUGGAAGAAGACUCCCCGCGGGCUCCUGGUUCUGGCCAGCACUCGGAUAGCCACGGAGACUCAUCCACCGAGCUGGAUGAGCGGGACGUUUCUGCACCUCAGACGGCACAGUGUCCAGGCCAGGCCCCAGCAGGCAGCAUUGAGGAGACCACUGCCAAAGCCAAGCAGAGUCGCAGUGAGAAGAAGGCUCGAAAGGCUAUGUCGAAGCUGGGCUUGCGACAGAUUCAGGGAGUCACCAGGAUCACUAUCCAGAAGUCCAAGAACAUCCUGUUUGUCAUCGCCAAGCCAGAUGUCUUCAAGAGCCCUGCCUCAGACACAUAUGUGGUCUUUGGUGAGGCCAAGAUUGAGGACCUGUCCCAGCAAGUGCACAAAGCUGCGGCAGAGAAGUUCAAGGUGCCCUCUGAGUCCUCAGCCCUGGCCCCUGAAUUGGCACCUGGGCCCCAUGUGAAGCCAGAGUGUGAGGAGCAGGAGGAUGAGGAAGAGGUGGAGGAGGCUGGGCUGGAACUGCGCGACAUUGAGUUGGUGAUGGCACAGGCUAACGUGUCCAGGGCCAAGGCUGUGAGAGCCCUAAGGGAUAAUCACAGUGACAUCGUCAAUGCCAUCAUGGAAUUGACCAUGUAGCUGCUGACCACGAGCUGGCUCCACUCUGCCCCUUUCCUCAGCUCUGCUGCCCAAUAAACCACUGUCCCAUUA